GUGUGGUUCUGGACAGUCCGAAAGGCAAACACGAUGGAACCGCUUACGGCAUUCGUUAUUUCCAAUGUCCGGCUCGUUGUGGUCUAUUUUGCCGUUUGGACAAUUUGAAACACAUGGAUGCGAGUAAGUCGACACAUACACAUACACGUGGUUCCCUCGUUGACCGACUGCGACUGUCGGGGAUAGAUGAAACACAUGGAUUGACAAGACAGUCUCAGGGUACACCUCGCGUGCUCCCUAACGAGGACCACAUAUCUCUAAGGCUUUCCAUCGUGACAUUGACAGAACAAUACGACUAG